GCGCCGGGGGUCGAGGGGGUGGGGCCUGGGCCGGUAGUGGGGACCCGGCCUGGGACCUGGAGUCCGACCAGGGGCGGACUGCGGAUACCUGCCGAGUUUGGGUGGGCGGGACCCAGGUUAACACAGAAAUCAGCUUCCUGGGCCAUGCCGGUUCUGAGGCCUGUUUCCUCUCAUGAGCUUCAACAGAAGACGGACUCUCCAGCCCUCACAGUGGAUGACUUUCCUUCCCUGAACAGGAGAUGGGAUAGUACCUGGGAUCUGCCUAUCACCAGACUCUGGGCUUAAUAAACCAGCUGAAUGAAGGGAUGUAAUAGACCUCUGGGAGGGACACUGAAGCCUGCAGGGGGGGGAGGGGCCUGGACAUACUCCUUCCCCCCCAGACUCCUCCCACUCAGAGUCCACUCAGCCAUGGACUUUGGACCUGGACCAGAGGAGAGAAGCUGCACUUCGGUGUUUCUGAUCUGGGAUUCUCAGUUUUGGAAAUGGAGUACUGGAUGGGGGUUUGAUGAUCUUCAGGGGAGCAGCUGAGAGAAGAAAGGUUCAUGGCUGCUUCCUAAUCCCGGAGCCCAGAGGAAGCAUCCCUAGAACCGUGGGGGUGUGAGCCAGGCAAGCUGAGGGCAGCCUUGAGCCCUACCCUUCCCGCCUCCCCUGCGGGGGCCAGGAUGCUGAAGAAGCAGUCUGCAGGGCUUGUGCUGUGGGGCGCCAUCCUCUUUGUGGCCUGGAACGCCCUGCUGCUCCUCUUCUUUUGGACACGCCCAGCGCCUGGCAGGCUACCCUCAGACAGUGCUCUUGAUGAUGACCCCGCCAGCCUCACCCGCGAGGUGAUCCGCCUGGCCCAGGACGCCGAGGUGGAGUUGGAGCGGCAGCGGGGCCUGUUGCAGCAGAUCAGGGAGCACCAUGCUAGGUGGAGCCAGCGGUGGAGGGUACCCACCGUGGCCCCGCCUGUCCCGCCGCGAGUGCCUGUGACCACUCCACCAGCUGUAAUCCCCAUCCUGGUCAUCGCCUGUGACCGCAGUACUGUUCGGCGCUGCCUGGACAAGCUGCUGAAUUACCGGCCUUCAGCUGAGCGCUUUCCCAUCAUCGUCAGCCAGGACUGCGGGCAUGAGGAGACAGCCCAGGUUAUCGCCUCCUACGGCAACGCUGUCAUGCACAUCCGGCAGCCCGACCUGAGCACCAUUGCAGUGCCACCUGACCACCGAAAGUUCCAGGGCUACUACAAGAUUGCUCGGCACUACCGCUGGGCACUGGGCCAGGUCUUUCACGAGUUCAAGUUCCCAGCAGCCGUGGUGGUAGAGGAUGAUCUGGAGGUGGCUCCAGACUUCUUUGAGUACUUUCAGGCCACUUACCCGCUGCUGAGGGCCGACCCCUCCCUCUGGUGUGUGUCUGCCUGGAACGACAAUGGCAAGGAGCAGAUGGUGGACUCCAGCAAGCCCGAGCUGCUCUACCGCACAGACUUUUUCCCUGGCCUGGGCUGGCUGCUGUUGGCUGAGCUCUGGGCUGAGCUGGAGCCCAAGUGGCCCAAGGCCUUUUGGGACGACUGGAUGCGCCGGCCAGAGCAGCGGCAGGGCCGGGCCUGCGUGCGGCCCGAAAUCUCCAGAACAAUGACCUUUGGCCGCAAAGGUGUGAGCCACGGGCAGUUCUUUGACCAGCACCUCAAGUUUAUCAAGCUGAACCAGCACUUCGUGCCCUUCACCCAGCUGGACCUGUCUUACCUGCGACAGGAGACCUAUAACAGGGAUUUCCUUGCGCGAGUCUAUGGUGCUCCCCUGCUGCAGGUGGAGAAAGUGAGGACCAGUGAGCGGAGCGAGCUGCAGGAGGUGCGAGUGCAGUACACGAGCAGGGACAGCUUCAAGGCCUUUGCCAAGGCCCUGGGAGUCAUGGAUGACCUCAAGUCUGGUGUCCCCAGGGCCGGCUACCGCGGCAUUGUCAGCUUCCUGUACCGGGGCCGCCGUGUCCACCUGGCCCCACCCCAGACCUGGGAUGGUUAUGAUCCUAGCUGGAAUUAGCAGCACCUGUGUGUCCGUCGUGGGCCCCCUCCUUGGCAUCUCAUGGCCUAAGAUGGGACCGCAGUCCCUGGACUUCAUCGUCCUCUCUGUGUUUCUCUCUUGGGUCCAUUUAUCUUUUUUUUUUUUUUUUUUU